CUUCCGGAUUCUUGAAUCCGGUGAAUCAAGCUCCUCAAGUUCGAUUUCACGACAACACGGAAGGCUGGUUUCUUACCCUUCACCGUUGUUCGCAACGGCCUUGCAACUAUUGUAGCAGCACAAUAGUUGCAAGUCGGAACGUUCUCUGCAAUCUGCUGCUGUUUUUCUUCAAUUUCGACUUCUUCAAUUUCGAUAAAGUUGUUCUCGUCAGCGCAACUAAUGUUGUUGUUUUUUUUUCUCGUUUCUUGUUAAAAUGGCCGUUUCAGCAUUUCUCAGAAAUGUGACGUCAUCAUUCGAAUUUUUGAAAUUUUAAAAUACUAGAAUAUUCCAGCCUCCACCGUUUGGCUAAACGUUCCAAUAACGCCCUUAGUUCUUAAAAACCACCAAUCCGGAAGGCUUACUGCUAAAAUUCCGAAUUCUGCAGAGAUUGCAUUUGUGACAUUCUGGUCGAAUGUCACAUUAUCACUUCCAUAUCCAGAAAAUUCCAAGGAUUUGGACUGGAAUACGUGAUGAAGGGACUCCUGACUGUAACCUCGGUUACUAUGAUACUUAUGACCUUCUGAUUACCAUUUCAAAAAAAGGAAUGGAACUGGACCCGGAAAACGAAAUCCAAAAAUUACUGGACAGAGCUAGUUUUUGACAACAAUGUUGCAGGCUUGUUUUUUUUUACUCGUGUCGAGUUUAGUUUUAAUCUCUUUAACUCCAAUCUUCUUUUUAUCAUAUUCACUUCCAUAUCUAGAAAAUUUCCAGGAUUUUGACUGGAAUUUGUGAUGAAGUAACUCCUGACUGUAACAUCGGGUUCUAUGAUACUUUUGACCUUCUGCUUGCCCUUUAUGGAGAGCGAUAAGUUUUAUGGAGAUCCGGAUAUAAAAUUGUGUCCCGACUGUUUUUCAAGUUUCUAAUUUCUGUGAUAGAAUUGACGAGAAGCUCAGUUCUUGCUGCUGCUCAAAUCCGAAUUAAGAUUUUUAGUUGAAUUGCUGCCGAAUCAUGCCUACGAAACGAAAAGUCAAAAAAGUUUCUCUGGGAAAGCAAAAAGGCGAAAAACUUGUAAUUGACAACCUCAAGUUUAAGCCCAGAGCAGAGAAUAGAAAGACCUCGAUUCGAUCUGCGCUGUACUUCACGAAAAUGUCAGAUUUGGCUUCGAUAAUCAAUCCAAGAGGAAAAGCUCCCCCCGUAAAAAGGACUGCGGGAAAUGUUAACAAACAAAGAAAUCAGAUUGAAAAUGAGCAACAGGUAAACGAAAUUGCGGAGUUGAGAAAGUUCAAUUACACAAUCUUAGAGUCUGGCCUGUUGUGUCCCAUUGAAAAUAAUUGUUACAACAGUUGUGCUGCCAAAAAAACCUGGAGUGAACCGGAGUCCGAAUGCCAAAGUCCGCUCUUAAGUCCGCUCAAGUUUCCUGUGAAGAGUUCCAAUUUGUCAGAUCAGAUUACAAAAAAGAAAAGAAGCAAGCAUAUUUUUCAAGAUACUGUUUUGCGUUACAGAUAUCGGUGGGUUGCUGAACGAGAGAGACAAGUGUUUCAUAUACCAACUGGCCUCACACCAACUCAAUGUGUAGCCGUUGAGCAGUUUGCUCACCUGAUUCGAACAAUGUCUUAUUCCAACUCGCUUACUGUGAAGUUACGCGAUGAGCAAAACAGCACAAAGAGUAAAGUUGUCUAUCAGUAUAAAACUAGAAAUAAGAAGCCAGUUGAGUGUCUUUUUGAUAAGGGAGCUGUAGUGUGUCUGAACCGUCUGAAGUUUUAAAAAAUCAAAAGUGACUGCUUAAUUAUAGUGGACUUUAUUUCAAACUUUAGGCAUAAAAGUGAGAUAGGUUUUGCAGUGUUUCUCGAGGUUUGUAGCUUAUUUUUACUUAUCAAUAAAAAAAAAUUAGAUUGUACAAAGAAAGUUUCAUGAUGUAAGCUAUUUGUUCGUGCUAUUCGUAAUAUUGACAGACGUUUCUAAGUUUCAGGCCUUGUGAUUGUUCAAAUGCAUAUUAGGCAUAUCCGUUCUGUCUUAAUAACCAUGAGGUUAUCCAAAUCAAACAGAGACAUUUGUAGUUGGCAAAUUUCCUAGCGUAGAACAAAAUAGUUUUCUCAACAUCGCAAAUCAGAAUGGAGCCGUUUCAAUGGGACUGGCGAAAACAGCACAUGAUUUCGAGUAGAAUCCAGAAAAUUGAAUUGAAGGAAUACUCUCAAUUAUAUCUCUGCAUUGGUUCCAACGAAGAUGAUACCCUUUUCUGGUUUCUCAAAAUCUUUAAAACCGGGUCCAAAAAGACGGAGCUAGAUAUAAGUUACACUUCAGUUCCGUUGAAAAGAUCCGAAAAAGAGGAGACCUUAAAAAUGAUGGAGGGAGAUCAAAGCAAAACGAGGAUGUAUAGAAUCAGGAAUAUGAUCCAAGGCUUCGGCAUCAUAGGAUUUGUCAGAUUCAUUGGUCCUUAUUACAUCAUUGUCAUCACCAAAAAAUCGCGAGUGGCCAACAUAGGACCGUAUGCAGUGUACAAAAUUGACGGCGUGCAAAUGAUACCUUUGGGACCCCUGCCGAAAGACUCUGUGUCGCUAUCACUUGAAGAGAAGUACAAAAAACUUUUUCAAAGCGUGGAUCUCACGGUGAAUUUUUACUUCAGUUACGGAUACGAUUUAACUAACACAUUGCAGUACAAUUUGGCGCCCAUUAAAACGAAUUCGCCGAAUAGUGCCAAUAAAGUUUUGGGCUUCAGGCAGAUGCCGAGAGAUAAAUUCAUGUGGAAUGCGUUCCUUUUGAAGCCAAUGCUAAAUGUUGGAUUGCCAAAAAGGAAUUCCGAAACCUCGCACGAGUUGAAUAUCAAUGAUCAAAACCAUGAGUGGGUUUUGUGUGUAAUUCACGGGUUUGUGAGUCAAAUGAAGCUACAAAUGGGCGGGGUAGAUGAUCACUAUUCAAAUGUUAAUCGCGGAAUGCGGAAAGCGUCGUCUGAAUGUGUUCUGAACAACGUAUUAGUAGAACCAUUAGAGACAAAUAAAACACGUCGAACAAUGUUGUUGACAGUGAUCGCACGACGCUCGAGAUUGUACGCCGGUACGAGGUUCAACAAACGAGGAGCGAAUUGCCAAGGAGAUGUAGCGAAUGAAGUAGAGCUUGAACAACUUGUUGGUGACUACAUGCCGUCGAGUUUUACGCACGGAAGGUUUUCAAGUUUUGUGCAGCUGAGAGGAAGUGUUCCCUUGCUGUGGAGUCAAACUGCUCCUUCGACUAAAAAUUUGAGUUUCAAAACAAAGCCAGAAAUAAGAUUCGACUGUGCGGAUCCUUGUUAUAUUGUAACUGGAAAACAUUUCAUGGGCCUGCUGAAGCAGUACGGAUCGCCAAUCAUUGUCUUCAACUUGGUCAAAAAGAAAGAAGGGCACCAGGAAAACAAGCUGACGAGAGAAUUCACCAGAGCAAUCCAAUAUUUCAAUCAGUUCGUUCCUGUCGAAGAUCGUCUGGACUACUACCAUUUAGAUAUGUCGGCUGUUAGUAAGAGAAAAGGUGAAAAUACCCUGGAUAAAAUCAUACAGCGAGCUAACAGUAUGGUUGAAAAGGUUGGCGUGUUUUACACUGGUAAAGUGAGUGCCAAAAUUCUGGCUUCCAACGAAUUGACGCACAAUGACGCCCCGGAUAAGUUAAUCCAAACUGGAAUUGUUCGGGUAAAUUGCGUUGAUUGCUUGGAUCGAACCAACACGGCCCAAUUCGCUUUAGGACUGGUGGCCUUGAGAAAACAAAUUCUAGCCCUCGGCGUGACAAAUCGAGACGAAAUCGGUUACGACAUGCAUUGUGUUCGGAUGUUGGAGGAAAUAUACGAUUCAUUGGGUGAUACUAUUGCAUUGCAGUAUGGAAGUAGCUAUCUAGUGCACAGAAUAGAAGGCUACAGACGAAAGUAUCACUCUCAUAUCCCGGGAACCAGGUUGACCCCAACAGUGCAAAGCAUAUCGCGUUACUACAACAACACAUUUUCAGACAAGGAGAAACAGGAAGCGAUUAAUGUGUUCCUAGGAGUGUAUAGACCAUCGGAGCAUCAUGUAACACGUUUGCCUAUGAAUAUUCCGAGUCAUCACAAGUCACAGGCCGCUUACGCAGUCCAAAGCUCAACACUCUAUAGGGGGAAUGUUCGUUUGUCGCCUACCGAUAAAAUCCAACCUAUCGCUACUGACGAUGCAUUGUAUGGAUUACGAUCUCUGCCUCUUUGGGACAUGGAGUCAGACUAUUCACUUCACCAUGUGUUUGACACCUCAAUCACAACAGCAGUGAAGUCUAACCACCAGUGGUUCAAUUCAGAUGUAGUCAAGUGUUUGCCACGUGCUUGGAACGAAGUGUCCAAGGACGAAUCAUUCUGCGGAGUCGUGAAGCUUCUGAAGAAGCAGACGACGGCGUCUCAACUGAGUGAAACUGGAGGCAGAUCAUCAGGAAGUGAUUUCAUCGAUUGGUAUAUCCAAUUUUACAGACCUUUCAGACUCACCAGCUUCGAUAUGUUGCUUAAGCUGAACAAACAUUUUCUCACAAUCGACCGACUGAAGUUGACAUCUAGUGGCCACUAUCAAGAAUCUGGGAAGGAGUUCAUUAAAUCAGUCGAUGGUAAAGUGGCGUCGACUACGGCACUUUUGGGUUCCAGUUCAAAUGAAGCCGAGGAUUUUUCAUUAGUUAGGAAAACCGAAAAAGCAAAUUUAAGCAGUAAAUUCAAAGGAGAAUUGCAGAAGAAGUUUUCACUGAUGGACGACCUUGUAUUCCCACUCUUUGGUUACAGUGCGUUCAAAACCGCAGCAAUUUCAGCGGCUACAAAAGGCACGUUUAUUGAGCCGAAGGUGAAGUACACGAGACGUGAAAAAGCCGAAGAAGUUUCUGAUUUGUUUUUUGAGUUCCCGAAGUAUGGAAAACCAGCUAAGAAAAAAACUUCGACUUGUAAAAUUGGAGAUGCAAAGUAUGGCUUUGAGAUACUAGAACCUUCUUCUAACUGCUUGAAGACAUAUGAAAAUUAUGUAGAGGUCGGGAAAAAGUCUGGAAUUUUCAAAAGCGGAGAAUCGGCCGAUACCAAUCAAAAACAACCAGUUGAAACUGAUUUGAAAUUUUCCAGGUCCAAAAUUCUGAACGCUAAAAUUGUCGACAAUGGAGAUACACUUUCUAGUGUGUUCGUAGAUCACAGAUGUUUGUUUGAUUCGACCAAUAGCAGUCAAAGGGAGGUGUACUUGAAAGAGCCGAGUAAUAGAGACGACGAAAUAUACAAGAACUAUGUGCAGUUGGGCAAAUCGGGAGCCGACAGCGUACCUACAGAAAGUCUAAGAAAAUACGAGGAGUAUAUUAGACAGAAGUAUCAAAACCCAACAUAAUUAGUAAACAUUUUCUUCAGUGUCAAUGAACGCAAUUAAAACAAUUAUAAUGGUCCUAUUG